GGGGGACUGUGAAAGUGAAAAGAGUUUAUAUAUUUAAUCCUCUGAAAAGACCGGCGACUUUUCAACACCAUCUCCGAACACACGUUUCCAGAAGUUUGAACUGCUGCUCACAUAACAGAGAAAGCGGACCAGAGAGUGUGUCAGGAUCUGAGAUUCACCUCUGAACCAGUUUGAGUUUAGGUUUUGGUCUGGAUGGCCACAGCUGCAGAGGAGCCACCAGGGCUGCAGGGCCACACUGGAAAUUCAACUGGAACUCGUAAAAAUGUCUCUCCGGAGAGUCCAACCACUAGCACCUCUCAGACCAAUAAAAAAACAAUUGGCCAUCGUGGGAUUGACCCCACUGGAGAGACCACGUACAAGAAGACAACCUCAUCAGCGCUCAAAGGUGCUAUCCAGUUAGGCAUCACUCACACGGUGGGCAGCUUAAGUCAGAAACCUGAGAGAGAUGUGCUGCUGCAGGACUUUGAAGUGGUGGAAAGCAUCUUCUUCCCCAGUGAGGGCAGCAACCUGACCCCAGCACACCAUUAUGGAGACUUCAGGUUCAAGACAUACGCCCCAAUCGCCUUUCGCUACUUCAGAGAGAUGUUUGGCAUCCGGCCUGAUGACUACAUGUAUUCUCUGUGUAAUGAAUCCCUGAUUGAGCUGUCAAGCUCUGGAGCCAGUGGGUCUCUCUUCUACGUCACCAGCGAUGAUGAAUACAUCAUUAAGACCGUGCAGCACAAAGAGGCAGAAUUUCUACAGAAACUGCUUCCAGGAUACUUCAUGAACCUGAAUCAGAACAAGCGGACCUUAUUACCAAAGUUUUAUGGACUCUACUGUGUCCAGGCAGCGGGUAAAAACAUCCGUAUUGUAGUCAUGAACAAUCUGCUCCCGAGCACCGUACGGAUGCAUUUAAAGUUUGAUCUAAAGGGCUCCACCUAUAAGCGUCGGGCCUCAGCUAAAGAGAGAGAUAAGGCAGUGCCAACGUUCAAGGACUUAGAUUUCAUGCAGGACAUGCCUGAAGGGCUCUUACUGGAGGGGGACAAGUACAAUGGUGUUUGCAAGACCAUCCAUAGAGAUUGCCUGCUCUUGCAGAGUUUCAAGAUUAUGGACUACAGCCUCCUUGUAGGAAUCCACAACCUGGACCAGGCUUUUCAAGAGCAAGAAGCAGUGGCAGGGGAUAUGGACCAGAGGAGGCCACAAGGUCAGAAGUCAUUAUACAGCACUGCUAUAGAGGCCAUCCAGGCAGAGGCAGGGAGCAUGGGACCACUGGAAACAGGAGACCAAACGGGAGGAAUUCCAGCACGAAACUCAAAAGACGAGAGGCUGCUGGUGUACAUUGGCAUUAUUGACAUCCUACAGUCUUAUAGAUUCGUGAAGAAGCUUGAACACUCAUGGAAAGCCCUUGUUUAUGAUGGGGAUAGUGUGUCAGUACACAGGCCGAGCUUCUACGCAGAACGAUUUCAGAAGUUCAUGUGCAAUACAGUCUUCAGAAAGAUAACAGUAAGGUCUUCUCCAUCUAAGAAGCGCCGCACACUUUCCCAUGGCCCGAUGAAAAAGUCCGGUGGUACUGGACCUUAUCUGUUAGCAGCAGCCAGCAGCACCAACCAGCAUCCUGCACUACAACAUCAAGUCAGCUCCGACACCAGAGAAGACAAUGAGGCAGACAAUUUUAAGCAGUCAGGUCGUCCUGACCUCCUCCCAGAGCCCUCACCACAGAGCAAUACCGCUGAACCCGCCGUUUUCUCCUCCUCGGGAAACUCUGAACAUGUUCCUACAAGUCAGCCUCUGCCCCACACCCUGGAUUUGAAUAACACACACAGCAAAGACCAGGAGCCCAGCGCCACCAAGAGAGCUGUGUUUGGGACUCUUGAAGAAAGCAUCGGUGGUGAGGAUGUAAUCUCACUCAGUGACAUAGUUCCUCAAGCAAGUAAAUGUUCAGUGUAGCUGUGGGGAAGUGAACUGGAAUCAAAUGAACAAAAUAAAGAAGAUAAUGUGAGGCUCACGGAUGAAAUGUUACACCUCUCCCUUGGUGUGAUACGAGGUACAAAAAUUGAAACUGUAUCAGCUACACCAAGUCGGAUUGUAAAUGUUUUUUUCUUUUUGUUUUGAUUGUUAUUUCUGCACUUUGAUUUCCAAAUCUCAACAUGGUAAAUGGGUGGUUGUGCUCUGACACUAGUAGUAGAUGGGUACAAUGAUGCAGUGGUUAUUGAACACUAUUAUUCAUCUCAGAUGUAUGAUUUUAUGCACAACCAAAGAUUCUUCUUGACAGUGAUCAACCAAGCCAGCAUUCAGUGUAACAGAGUGUCUUUUUUAAAUCAUAUGCAUUGGAUUAGGAACACAUUUUUAAAUAAAAUUAUGUUUUGUUUUUUUGUUUUUUAAGAAUUGACUUUAAUCCUAAAUAGAAAGCUUUUUUUUUUUUUUUUUUGGCAUACUCUGAAUACAAAUAAUGCUGGAAAAAGAGGUGUUGUAAUGGAUCUGUAUAAUUUCAGAGACUGUGAAUCCGAAAUGUCACAUAUCCAGGUGAAAAGAUAGCUUUUUGUAAUGGAGGUUUUUUAUUUUUUAUUUUUUUUUAAUAUUUAUACACUCUACAAUCUGUAACCAUGGUCAAGUUUAGUGGGUAGAUUGGACCACGACCGACAUUGUCAACUGAUUCCUUUUGAUCAGGGGUCUGUCUCACAAAGCAAGAUUAAACAAUUAACUUUGGAGUGAGCUCUGUUUUUGGUGUCACAGAGAUAGAAUUCAAACUGAGUUAUGUUGCCAUGGCAACUGAUGCAACACCUGAUAUUCCACGAAGAUCCGUUGUACCUGCCUCCGAUUGGCUAGUAUUUGUUUCCUUCGUUGGUAAGUUUAAGCAUGAGGAGUGAGAUGGCUAGGGUAAAAAUAUAAUCGUCAGAGCCAAUCAGAGGCAGAGUAGGGCGUGUCGUCACAGUAGAAUAAAAUAGAAUAAAACUUUAUUGUCCACAAUGGUGGAAAAUUGUCUUUGGAUCACCAAUAACAGACAUACAGUAUACAUAAAUUACAUAAACAUCAUAGAAUCCAUACAAUUCUAAUAAUGAAACC